CUAUGAGUCCCUGGGGGUGGUGCUGAAAGAACAGCUCCCACUAAACACGACUUCUUUUAAUAGCGGUCCCCUGUGGCCACUGGCCACUUUUUCAGGAGACCCUCAGUUGGGUUAUUGCUGCCAAGGGGUGCAAGGGAGUUAUGACAAGCCAUGAAUCAGGAAAGUUCCCAUGCCUGGACCGGAGCUUUGAAAACUGAGGGAUAUGUUGGAGCGACUAUGAGAAGAUGAAGAGGCAAAACCUGCGGACACUCGCCUUAAUUAUCUGCACUUUGUCCUAUUUACUCAUUGGAGCGGGAGUCUUCGAUGCUCUCGAGUCAAAGCAAGAGAAAACCCAGAAGGGCAAGCUCGACUAUCGAAAAUUUCUACUCAUGUAUAAAUAUAAUCUCACCAGGCUUGACUUUGAUCAGAUUGAAAAGGUCGUGUUGCUUCUGAAGCCUCACAAAGCCGGAGUCCAGUGGAGGUUCGCCGGGUCUUUUUAUUUUGCCAUCACUGUGAUAACGACCAUAGGUUAUGGCCAUGCCGCCCCCAGUACGGAUGCUGGGAAAGCGUUCUGCAUGGGGUAUGCGCUUCUGGGCAUCCCCCUCACCCUGGUGAUGUUCCAGAGCCUGGGCGAACGCAUCAACACCUUCGUCCGGUUCCUGUUGCACAAAGCCAAGAAAUGCAUGGGCCUGCGGAGGCCGGAAGUCUCCAUGGCCAACAUGGUGAUCAUCGGCUUCUUCUCCUGCGUCAGCACCUUGUGCGUAGGAGCAGCGGCCUUCUCCCACUAUGAAGGUUGGACCUUUUUCCAUGCCUUCUACUUCUGCUUCAUCACCCUCACCACCAUCGGUUUCGGGGACUACGUAGCCCUGCAGAAGGACAACGCUCUCCAAAACGACCCUCAUUACGUGGCCUUUAGUUUUGUCUAUAUCCUGAUGGGCCUCACAGUAAUUGGUGCUUUCCUCAAUCUAGUGGUGCUACGGUUCAUGACGAUGAACACCGAGGACGAGAGAAGAGACGCGGCGCAGAGGGCGCUGCUCUCCAAAGAUCAACCGAUAGGUUCGGUUCUGCGGCGUCCGGACCCUCCGAGCCCAGCCGCCGCGGGACGAGACAAAAGACGAGGGCUGAAGAGCGUCUAUGCUGAGGUGCUUCACUUCCAGACGGUGUGCUCCUGCCUGUGGUACAAAAGCCGAGAGAAAAUGGUGAUCCUCCCGCAGGAUAUGUCCUUUACUGAUGCGCUAAUGGAGCAAGGAGACAUGUCGCCCCACCACUUUUUCGAACCCGGCCCAACGGGCUGCGUGUGUAACCCUCAACGCUGCUCGGCCAUUAGCACUGUGUCUGCUGACCUGAGAAACAUCUCACCGUUCAGGCUCUUCUCCAAGAGACGCAGCUCUGUCUGAAUCACCUCACUUCCUUAUACAGUCACUGUAGAUCUUUAAUGAGUCACAUGAAUUAUUUUGAUAGCAUUAUAUAUCACAUAAAGAUGCUUGAACGGACCACCCAAGCUCGAGGUGGACUGAUGAAAACUUAUUUUUACA